CUAGGUCCAUGGGCAGGUAGUAGCCUAGGAAGGCUGGGAGGGGGCGUCCCACCUGCCUGCCUGCCUGCCUUGGGGUCAGUGCGCCCAGGUUGGUCUGCUUCCUGCGGGCCAGUUUUGGGGUGUUGCUGAGUGACUGUCCUCUGGCCAGUUGACUCAAGUGCUGGUGUGCACCCAGGAUUUCUUCCUGCAGUGUUUUCCUGCCAGUUGUUGGGACUUGUAAAUUAGACUGUCGGCUUUUACAAGCGAUUCCUGAAAAGAAAAAUCUCCCUCUGGUUGCUGGCUCUGCGUAGAGGAAGAAGCAGCCCGAGGGAGCCAGGCCUUUAAUUAAAGCAAAACCGAAAUGAUUGCUGCAGUGGCUGGAAGGAGAGAAGGCAGCACAGGUGGGGCGGAGGUGAUAUGCCCUGUCCUGCAGCGAGGUACCUGCCGGGGACAGGUGACCAGGCAUUGAUGCACCCCCAGGGAGUCCACGCGCUCAAGGAGGCCACCCCCGCUGGCUGCUGCUCACAUGGUUUCUGGGCCCCUGGCACUCCGGUGGUGCGUGUGGGCAGGGCGUGGGGACAUGGGGCCCGACAUGGAACUGCCCAGCCACUCGAAGCAGCUCCUGCUGCAGCUGAACCAGCAGCGGACCAAGGGCUUCCUGUGUGACGUCAUCAUCAUGGUGGAGAACUCCAUCUUCCGGGCCCACAAGAACGUGCUGGCCGCCAGCAGCAUCUACUUCAAGUCCCUGGUCCUGCACGACAACCUCAUCAACCUGGACACGGACAUGGUCAGCUCCACGGUGUUCCAGCAGAUCCUGGACUUCAUCUACACCGGCAAGCUGCUGCCCAGUGACCAGCCAGCCGAGCCCAACUUCAGCACGCUCCUCACCGCCGCCAGCUACCUCCAGCUGCCCGAGUUGGCAGCUCUCUGCCGGCGCAAACUCAAGAGAGCUGGCAAACCCUUUGGCUCCGGGCGGGGUGGGGCCGGCCUGGGGCGGCCACCCCGCGGCCAGCGGCUGUCCACGGCCUCUGUCAUCCAGGCCCGGUAUCCGGGGCUCGUGGACGGGCGCAAGGGGGCCCACACCCCCCAGGAGCUCCCCCAGGCCAAAGGCUCCGAUGAGGAGCUCUUCCUGGGCGGCUCCAGCCAGGAGAGCGCGCACGGCCUGGGUCGGCCGGUCUGUCCAGCCAGCGGGGAGGCCGGCCUGGGUGGCUGCAGCACCAAUGGCAGUGGUGGGGGCUGCGAGCAGGAGCUGGGCCUGGACUUGUCCAAGAAAAGCCCCCCGCUGCCCCCCGCCACCCCCGGGCCCCCCCUCACCCCCGACGACCCAGCCCAGCUGAGUGACAGUCAGCAAGGCUCACCCCUCUCGGCCUCCGCCCCUCCCGUCGCCAACAGUGCCUCUUACGCCGAGCUGGGGGGCAACCCCAGUGAGCCCAUGGAUCUGGAGGGGGCCGAGGACAACCCCCUGAGCCUAUUGGAGGGGCCGGGCGGGCAGCCCCCCCGCAAGAGCCUCCGGCACUCGGCCCGCAAGAAGGAGUGGGCCAAGAAGGAGCCCGUGGCUGCCUCCCCCUUUGAGCGGAGGGAAGCAGCGCCGAAGGGUCCCUGCCCAGGGGAGGAGGCUGAAGGGCUUGGGGACAGGGUUCCCAACGGCAUCCUGGCCAGCAAUGCGGUGGCGGGCGGGCCCUACGGGGAGCCCUCAUACCCCUGCAAGGAGGAGGAGGAGGAGAACGGCAAGGAUGGGAGUGAGGACAGUGGGCAAAGCGGGAGCGAGGGCGGCAGCGGCCAUGCCGGCGCCCACUACAUGUACCGGCAGGAGGGCUAUGAGACGGUGUCCUAUGGGGACAACCUGUAUGUGUGCAUCCCCUGCGCUAAGGGCUUCCCCAGCUCCGAGCAGCUCAACGCGCACGUGGAGACGCACACAGAGGAGGAGCUCUUCAUCAAGGAGGAGGGUGCCUAUGAGACAGGCAGCGGGGGCGCCGAGGAGGAGGCCGAGGACCUGUCAGCGCCCAGCGCGGCCUACGCAGCCGAGCCCCGGCCCUUCAAGUGCUCGGUCUGCGAGAAGACCUACAAGGACCCAGCCACUCUGCGGCAGCACGAGAAGACUCACUGGCUGACGCGGCCCUUCCCCUGCAACAUCUGCGGCAAGAUGUUCACGCAGCGCGGCACCAUGACGCGCCACAUGCGCAGCCACCUGGGCCUGAAGCCCUUUGCCUGUGACGAGUGCGGCAUGCGCUUCACCCGCCAGUACCGCCUCACUGAGCACAUGCGCGUGCACUCGGGCGAGAAGCCCUACGAGUGCCAGCUGUGCGGGGGCAAGUUUACGCAGCAGCGCAACCUCAUCAGCCACCUGCGCAUGCACACCUCCCCCUCCUAGAAGCCAAAGACACUUGUUGGCCUGCGGGCACCCAGGAAAGAAGGGGCACAGUGGCCAGGCCCCGGGUGUGGGGCAGUUCCUGGUGCAGCCCACCCCGCCCAGAGCUUUAAUCCACAGUCUGUACCAAGGGGAGAAGCGGGCAGCCAGCACCCAACCCGAGUGCAUGUGGCUGCUGCGCCGUCUGCCUCCUGAUCCUGCCCGGCCCAGUUCCCCGUGAGGGCCACGGCGGGGCCUGCGGGAGUGGGUCACGGGGGGUGUCCCGCAGGCUGUGUUGGAGCAGGGGGAGUGGGGGCCUCCCUCCAUGCUGCGGGGAGCAGGGCUGCUGCGGCCGGGGUGUCUGUGCUGCCAGCCUGGCUCUGCGGGGAGCGGUGCCAGAGGGAGGAGACAGCGCCCUCCCUCCUCGAGCCAGGGGUCACCGCUCACUGGUGCUGGGACAGUCAGGGGCCCCCACCGCCUACCUCUCCACAACUAAAGAGCCCUCUGGGCCUGUGUGGCUGUUAUUCCUACUGAUCUGUUCCUUUUUUCUUUUUGAAUUCUGUUUUUUAAACCAAAACCAACAAGAGUUUAUUUUCCUUCCGGCCCCUCGGGGCUGAGCCUGGGUCUGCAGACUGAAUGUACCAGGGCAGCCACCCCCCCCUGCCCGACUGUGGGCUGGGCGCCCACCCUCCAGGCCCCAGAAGCCCUUCUUGGCCAAAGGCUUCCCUGGGCCCCGAGCCCUGCCUCGGCUGCCUCAGGAGAGAGAGUGCUUUUCCCAUAGUUUCUGAGGAAUAUUCUUUGUUUAGAGGUACUUGUUUUUUAUUAAGAGAAAACCCCGUGUAACGUGUAUGUGAAUGUUGGAACUGGAAGGUCUGGGGUUGGUGGGGGGCGGGGGGAGGCUGGCCGCGGUGCCAGGACGUUGGUACGCGUUUCCAUUUUCUCCGUGUGUGUGGUGUGCGCGGUACGUGUGGACUCAUGUCGCGUUUCCUUCCUUCCUUGCCCAUCAAGGUGGAGAGACUUCUGACCUUUUGCUACCUCUUGAAUUUGUGAGAACAGGACGUUGGUUGGUGAUGGCAGUUGUGGCCGUGACGCUUGUGUUUCCCUUCUGUCGCCCUCCUGGGCCCCCCACCUGUGCCCCCUCUCAGAAGGGGCACCUGUACUUCCUCUGUGCGCGUGUGGCCAGCUGGCCACCCUGAAGGUGUUCUGAGUGUGCUGCUGGGCGUCAGGGAGCCCGAGCUGCCUCUCAUCUGGGCCUGAGUGGGGGUAUAGGUGCUCCAGCCCCUGGGGAGCCCCCGGCACAGGACCAGGUGCCAGGAGACGGGAGCCACACAGUGGGACAAGUUCCUGGAGGCUCCCGGCCAGGCCAGGACGGGGCGGAAGUGAGCCCCCCCCAUCCUGUCCCCUGGGCCUGCAAGAGCCUGACCUCGGGAGAGCAGCAGCCCCUACCUGACCAGUGCAGAGGGGCUGACCACAGGGAUGUGUAUAUCUUCUCCCACCCCCCUGGCAGGGUGGGGACCUGUUCUGCUUUGGCAUCUCUGGGCGGUCUGGGGAGAGGCUGGCUGCCACCCAUGGGCUCAGCCCUGAAUCCCACCCUACCCUCACCUCUCGCCUUGGGCUCUCCACCAGCCUCAGACACCUCCAUGGGCCUAGAGCCAUGCUCACAAGGCCAGGCCAAGGUCGAGAGGUCGGCACCACUGUCCUCAGCCUACUGCAGCCACAGGGCUGGACCAGCGGCUUUAUCUUCUUCGUUUUGCUUCAUGUUUUCAUUUCUUUUUCUUUUUUCUACUUUAAGUUCAGACCAAAAAAUUCCGGAGUCGUCCCCUACCCCCACCCUCCACCCCUCCAGAGACCCUCCAGCUGAAACCAGAGCCUGAGUUCAGGGACCCGAGUGGUGGGUGUUGGGAGUGAGGGCACGCAGGCCACAUGGGGCCCUGCUGAGCCCUUGGGGUACCCCCGGCCUCGGGCUGCUCCUCUCCCCUCUGGGGACUUGUGUUCCAGCAAGUCAGGCGGGGGCCCCUCCAGCGCCUCUGCUCUCCCGACCCCCCUACUCCGUCAGCACUUAAGCCACACGACAGAAGUCUGUAGCGGGAGCUGCACACACGCCCCUGGGCGUGGCCCCCGGUGAAGCAGGUGGUUCAUGGCAGAGCUUCAGGGACUGGGCGCAGAGGCCCUCACUCGACGACCUUCGUGCGACGUAGUAUUGUACCCACCUGAGUAUUGUAUCAUAUAUCGAGCCUUCUCUGUAUUUUAACAAGAAAGCAAAACACUAGUUUCCUAUUUAAGACUUUAAGGGUUUGUGGGGCGGGCGGGGUUAACACAACACUUGGUUUUGUUUUCCUUUUCCUUUGGUUUCAUGUGGAAUGUGUGCUUGUGAGUGUGUGCAUGGACGUGUGUUAGAGCCUCACCAGGAGAUUAGGCUGUUGGAGGCCAAGGGCGGCUUACAGUUCUCUGCUUUAGUCACUUAAUUCCUGAAUGUUUCGGAGAAACAGGAAACAGAAAAUAGCAGAUGUCAUGUAGGAAAGAGGAUAAACAACAACAACAAAAAAAAGAAAAAAGCUCACAUCCAAAUUCACAAAACCUAUUUUUUAAACCAAAGCACAUUUUGAAUGCGUAUGGAACCUCAAUGGGCUCAGAAAAAAGAUACUAAUAUAUUUAUCUCAUUGUUUACAUAAACUUUUACAGUUUCAGACCUCAGCAGAUAAAAGGCCAGUCCCAGUGAACCCCACCUCCCGCCGGAGCCCCUUCUGAGUAGGCCCUGGAAUGGCUCACGGGCAGAGGGGCCGCCGUGGGGCCGGGGCAGGCGUGGAGGCCCCUGAGCCCUCCUCCCAGCCCGGGCCUCUCCCAGCCCAGCUGGCACCAAAGAGCUUGGGCCCGUGCUGACCCGCCCCCCAGGCCUCCUGGCUAGACUGUGGUGGUCCUGCCAGCUAGCCAGCUAGUAGGGGUGGCUGUCAGUUCUGGCCACAGGACCUGAGCCUGGGCUUGGGCCCUGGGAUGGAUGUGCGCCCCCAUCCCGCUGCUCUGCCUGCGACCCUUGGGUGGGUUGAUGUGAGGGUCCCUCUCAAGCCAAAAAGCCAGGACCUUUGCACAGCUCCGUCGACUCCAGCGGGUCCCCGCCCCCCUGGGGACCCCCACCUCCACCCCGGCAGUGGGAGGGGCUCACUGGGCCGGUCCUUACCUACACAGACGGUGCAAACACUCUGAACAGUGUUGUUUUUGUAUCAAUAUGUUUGUGCAGUGAUGAAUGUAUUUAUUUCUCAGACUUGGGGCGAGCGAGCGGUAGACGGCUCCACCACCGCACGCUCCCGCCAGACCGAGCCCGCCACCGGGGCUCCUCCAGGAUUGCAAAAAAGGUAAAGAAGAAAAGAUGAACCUUUAAGCAAAUACGAAUCUCAGAGACUUGCAGCAUAGCCAUACACCUCAGCCUGUGAAACGAACAAUCUGGACACAGACGGACUUUCAGAACCUCACACAGCCGUGUGUGUUACCGUUGGUCGCCACUUGGGGGCUCUGGGCUGUCCGCCGCCCCCGCCCCCACACCCACCCGUCAGUAUUCACUGGACUGGCCGUAUGCAGGAGUGCGAUCGGGGCGGGCUGGCUGGGCAGGCGGACCCCAGCCGCCCUCCCCGCGGCCGUCCUGAGUCAGGGUGAGGCCUGGGCAGCCGGGAGGGCAGGGAUCAGGGCAGAGGCGGCCGCAUCCGUCCCGUCCCCUUGGCUUGUGGGGGCGAAAGCAGAGGCGCCAGGCCUCAGAACAGACCAGGGAUCCCAGCCCUACCGGCCCCCUGUAGGGACCAAGGCCCUCGCUAUUCCCCAGAGCCAGGUUGGGCAUCAUUGAACCUGUGAACCCGAUGCCAGGAAGGGGUUGUGGAGCGGGGCCUGACCAGAGCCUCAGUCUGACAUUCCAAAUCGGGGUGGGUGUACGCUGUGGGAAUUGAGGCUGCCUGGGACCCCUUGCCUAGGACCACCCAUCCCCCACCGGGCUUGUCACCCCACUUUAAUUUUCUACCGGGAACCCCUCCCCCUACCUCACCUUGCUAUUUAUUGCUGUAAUUUAUUGACCUCAAAUAUGCUGCAUAACAGACCUCACUCAGGGCAGAGAGGAUCCCCAGGGCUCCCCCCCUCCACUUGGCGGGGCCCUGUGGGGCCAGGUGCUGAGGGGAACCUCUCUGUCCCCCACCCAUCAUUUGCUUUCCCCCUCCCCCGUUGAGGGACCCUAGGUUGGGCACUGGCCCAUUCACAAAUACCUCGAGGGGGAGGGGAGGGAUGGGGUUAUAGCUGUUUUGUUUAAUGGGAACUGGAAGAGGGAUCAUGUCCUGCUACACGCCCUUCCCCGGAAGGGGGGACCACGAUCGCACUCCUGUACUGGCCACCGCCACUGUCAGUCAUCACACUGAGUUCACUUCCCUCGAGAAUUUGGAUAAAUUCAGGUCAGAGCUGCAGGUAUGCAACCCUCAAGUGUCAUAGUAAAGCAGUUCACCGAUCUCUCCAUUCAGAAGCGUGCAGUCUUAAUGUACAGUGAUGAGAAACUGUUAUUUUAUGAUCUUUUCAUUAAAAGCUUGAUUGAAAACUUG